AUGGGAAGUAGCAGUGAGGAAAUAAAAGUUGAACAAAAAAAAGCACCAUGGAUUCCACAUGGAGUGAUCAUGGGAAAACAACGCGACGAUGACUGGUGCCAUGAACAAGAUAAAAAAUGGGAACUAAAAUGUAGAGCAGAAGAGCGACGUCAUCGUUAUCAGCAGCAACGUCUUCGUCAACUAGAGCGACUUCUUCGUCUUCAAGAAAGAGAUCGACAAUAUUGGAACAAAGUUAUGGCCGAACAAGUUACCGUUCCUGCAUCAAAAGAUACUUUUUCUGUAAGUGUAUCUCCGCGUUUUAUUAAUUAA